CCUAUCCGUUUCGUGAAGGAACAAUGGCUGCAAAGAUGCUGUUAUCCCCAAACCCACACACUCUCUGUUCUCUGCCAUUUGACGCGAAGCUACAUCCAUGUCUAGGAAUGGGAAUGGGAAUGGGAAUGCGAUGGCAUCAACGAUCCCCUCCCAGAAGAACGAAGAGGCUCCACGUGUCCCUUCACGAUCAUCAACAACUAAACCCCUAUUCUCUGGUUUUGCUCGCAGAGGGCGUUGGUUAUUCUACGGCCAGCUAUUACACUUCUCUCGGACUCUUUGUAAUCUCUGUGCCUGGUCUUUGGUCCCUCAUCAAGCGUUCCGUCAAAUCCAAAAUUGUGAAGAAGACUUUUAUAAGUGAAGGGGAAAAGAAGCCACCAAAUAGGGUUGCUGCAGAGAUAUUAGCAUUCUUCACGCGUAACAACUUUGCAGUCACUGACAGAGGAGAAACCAUCACCUUAGCAAGUGUGGCCCUAGUACUUACCAUAACCUUUCCGGAUGUUGGCAAUAACUGGUUUUGGAUCACCAUCUUGAGUCCACUGGCAGGCGCUUAUUACUGGACUCGAGCAUCCAGAAAGGAGCAGAUUAAGGUGAAAAUGAUACUUGAAGAUGAAGGAGCCCUAUCAGAGAUCAUUGUUCAAGGAGAUGACCAACAAGUUGAGCAAAUGAGAAAGGAACUCAAGUUUAGUGAAAAAGGCAUGGUUUACGUUAAAGGCGUCUUUGAAAGAUAAUCCAUUUUAUCUGGGCAGAAUACAAUGUAAAGGAAUGAUUAAUUAGUGUCAUCAUUUUUUUUUUAAAACUGUUUAGAUUUAUAAAAACGGCCACAGCUGGUAAUCUCUUGGACAAAUGUUGUGAACUGCUAUGUUCUAACCAGCUGACAGUUUUGAAAUUCGCCUCAAGCACAGCAUUUUAUUUGGCUACAUACUUAUGAUUCCUACUGUAAAAGUAGCAUGCUUUCAAAGUGUUAAAAGAGGCUACUUGUUAAAUUUAUGGAUACCCAAAAAGACACGAUAUUGUAUUAAGCAAAAUGUUAUUCAUGAUGUUGCAAAAUGCAAUGUAAU